UUUGCUAUCAACAACAGUGACAACAACGACAAUGUCACCAACACCAGCAACAAUCAAAUACCAUGUACACAAACAAUCGACAUGGUGUACAACGCAACUUUCCUCAGUGCAAAUGCUUUCCCUCCAACAUUGCUCACUCUACGCUUUGUAGACGAGUUCAACACUGCAUUGUUUCCAAAUGUAUUACCUGCUUCAAUCACAUCGCUUGAGUUUGGCUACUGGUACAAUCAACCGAUGAGUCGGGGAUCACUUCCCGCAAGCCUUACAAACCUCAAGUUUGGAUAUAAGUUCAAUCAGAUCAUCGGACCUGGACUCCUCCCGCCACCACUCAUUCAUCUUGAGUUUGGCUAUCACUUCAACGCAGAGUUGGUCGUAUCUGUGCUGCCCACUGCCCUCGCAACACUCAAACUAGGCGACUCCUACAACUACUCAAUUGCACCUCGAGUGCUUCCACAGUCUCUCAAGUACCUUAAUGUAGGCCACACAUUCAAUCGAUACUUGGAGCCUGCAUCACUACCAACAGGGCUCGAGAAGUUGGUACUUGGACGUGGAUACAAUCUUGUCAUUGUUCCCAAUGUGCUGCCGAAUAGUUUACUCAAUCUAAAGUUCGACCUGAGGUUCAACAAGCCUAUACGUCAUGAUUCCUUGCCUGACUCCCUUACAUCGUUGACGUUUGGUGAGGCAUUUAAUCAAUCGAUCGAAUCUGGUGUACUCCCAGAUGGUCUCAUCUCCUUGACCCUUGGAAACACGUUUGACCUUCCUCUAAAGAAGGACACUCUUCCAACAACCCUACAAACGCUAGAGUUUGGCAAGAACUACACUCGUUACAUCAGUCAAGGUGUAUUGCCAGACUCAUUGACUCAGAUGACACUACACAUCAACUACGAUCAUGGACUGUGGCACUUGCCCAGCAGUGUCAAGUUGAUCAAUGUUGACCUGCAGACCAUUCAGCCGAUAUGGUUCCCAUUGAUGGUGCCCAAACAAGAUUUAUCAAUCAAAAAGCUCAUAGGCAAACAAAGACCAUUGGCCAUUCCAUAUCAUCCAGAUGUCAACACGUAUCAUAUCUACCAGAAUAGGAAUGGACCAAUGGUAACAGAGUCACAGCGCAGCUACUACAUCACUGUGCGUAUGUUAUCCAAUGAUCAUUCGGUCGUGCUGUCUGAGAACAUUGAAGGAUACAUUACACACAACAGAUUCAUACCAUUCAGACGAUCGAAUAAGCAUGGUAAAGGACAUGUAUCUCUGCCUACAUCAACAACGAACGAGCCACCAUCACCAGUCUCCUCAUGCUCAGCUUCAGAUAAUCUAGGUUACAUC